AUGGUUGACGAAAGAGCUGUGGCUAAGCGGUCCGAGCAGCUUGCUAACGCUAUCCUGCUCAAUCGUGAUCUCUUCGCGUCCGCUCGAAAGUACACCUCUGAGAACGUAGUCAACCUUGCGACCACUGCAAUCGUGAGGGAUGUUGCUGAGAAGCACCUGCGGGACGGUCACCCAGCUCCGUCGGAAGCACGUGGCCUCGAGACCGGCUGGGGGAAUUUGGUCGAUUGGCUGGGUCUUAACAGGACAGCGGAGGCCAUCUUGAAGCGGGCAAUCGAACACUCUAUGGUACUUGACCUUCCCUUCAAUUCGUUGUCUGGGCCUCAGUUUGCAGUUAAGGGUGCCUGGGCCCUCGGGAAUCUGAGCGCUUGGGCCUCAGCUUCGCAGGAGGGUGCUGCACUCUUGUCCCGCCAGGAGCCCGGUGCCCUUCUCUGCUUCUUUGACUCCUCGCUGUGCCUGUGCCUCUGUCCCGCGGCUUCCGUUGUGCUGGUCGGUGGGUCCUUGCCCCUUCAGGUGAUGAAGAACAUCCUUAAGAAGGCCUCGGUGAGCUUCGGGGCCCUGGAUAGGUUCACCAAGAAGGAGCCGUCCGAAAGCGAGGUCGGCGAUGGCCCAGAGGCCCCGGCAGUCUCGAGCUCCCAGGCUCCGAUGGAUCAGGACUUGCAGAGCGCUGACGGCGCAGAGGAGCGCCCUGCCAUGGAGCAGGAUGCAGUGGAGGAGCAGCAGUUCCGGCCAACGGGGGAGGAUGCAGUGGAGCAGCAGGUCCUGCCGACGGGGGAGGAUGCAGUGGAGGAGCAGCAGGUCCCGCCAACGGGAGAGGAUGCAGUGGAGCAGCAGGUCCUGCCGACGGGGGAGGAUGCAAUCCCGACGGUUGAGAAGGUCGUCGCUGGCUUUCGGUUCGAGAUGGAUCAGGCCGAGUACAACGGCGGCACCACCAUUAUGCAGCUCUGCGAAGGCCAGAGCCUCAGGGCAGCGCUGCAAGCCUUGUUGACGGCUGGAGAAACCGCGGUGGCCGCGAUUGAUUCGCAUGAUGACAUGUUCCGGGAUCUCUCGGAGAUCUCCACCCUGUACUGGGACUGGGGGACGACGUGGGCCGCGGAGCAGGCCUCGGAGAUGGAGGAGCCCGAUGCCGCAGCUGAGCCGGCGACGGAGCAGGCCCAUGCGGCGGGGAAGCCGGGCGAUGAUGUCGCGGCGCCGGCCACGGAGCAGGUGGCAGCGGACCUCGCCGAGGCGAUGGCUUCGGCUGACGAUGCGCAGGCCGCAGUGAGCGCUUGGGCGGAUGUGCAGAGCGCCGCAGUGCUCGGCGCCGAUGCUGUGGCCGAGCAGUUCUCGUCCUACAUGUGCCGGCGCUUCGACACUGACGCGCGCCGCGACGAGGAGCUGCGGGCGAUGAUGGACCGGAUGGGGAGCUGGCGGUGCACCUGCAGCAGUUCUGCAACAGCAGGGUCACGGACUGCUGCGCUGAUCCUCCAGCGCCUCAUGAAGGCAUCGGGCGCAAAGCAGUGGCAGAACAUCAGCCUCCACACGGCCCGGACGCUCGCAGGCGUGUUGCCUUCGCUGAUCAGGGAUUCGGAUGAGGAGAGCGAUGAGGGAGCGCGCCGAGGCAUUAAGCGCACUGCUGAGGAGGCGGAGAUCGUGGAGGGCCCGAAGGUCACGGAGGAGAUUGCGGAGGAGGCGAGCGUCGCGGAGGGCCCGAAGGUCCCGGAGGAGAUUGCGGAGGAGGCGAGCAUCGCGGAGGGCUCGAACAUGCCGGAGGAGAUUGCGAGCGUCGCGGAGCCCAUCGGUGAGGUCGGAGCAGGUGACGCCGUAGAUGAUGACGAGCGGGACGCCAAGGUCGAAGAGGCGAUGGAGUGCGAGCUGAGGGAGCACCGGAAGGCCAUCGAUGAGCUCCUGUCGUGUGCAGACUUCAUGAAGGACGAGCAGAUGGAAGAUGAUCACCUGGCGGAGGACGUGUCGACCUCGCCGACUGCCUUCGUCCUCUUCGACCACGUGAAUGCCACGGCGAUGAACCUUUUGGCCUGCAAGGAGCUGUCCAAGAUCCAUCGCUUGGGGCGCACGGGGCCAACGGUGGAGCGAGCCUUGGGCGACAUCCUGGUGCAGUGCAGCAAGAAUGUGCUUCCGGGAGGCGCCAGAACCUACAAGACCAUCUACCACGAGGAACAGCUGAUGGCUGAUCUCAAGGUCAAGGGCCGCCGUCACCCUGGCAAGCCAAGCAAGGACGAGGUCGCAGACUUGAGGCUGGUCGACCCCGGCGUGUGCUCCGGCCAUCUGGCGGCCUCCACCUUCGUCUUUCCUCGCUGGUUUCGGAACUUGUGCAGGGCGGGGCUGAAGGAUCACUACACGUUCGACCUGGCCAACGCCCACGUGUGCAUCCUCGCGGAGCGCCACGACAGCGAGUUCCUCCGGGAGUUCAUCUUGAAUCGCCAAGCGCACCUGCAGUCCACUCACAGUGAGAGGUGGAUUGCCAAGCAGCUCUUCCUCCGCCUCCUCUACGGAGGCACAGUGCAGGCCUGGAAGAGGGCCCACGGCGUGGACACGAUGAGCUCCGAGGCCUUCUCCUACGCAGAGCGCUUCGCCGCGGAGGUUGAUAAGCUCCGGGACCUGGAUGUGGAGAGAAACAAGGAGCUGUGGGAGGCGCUGCGCUCGCUCUCCCCUCGCCCCGAAGACCUGUUGUCGUACGUGCUGAACACCAGGCGAGAGAGACAGCUGAUAGACCGCGCCGAGAUGAUGAUCAAGACCCAUGGCGGCACGGUUUUGGCGUACGAGCAUGAUGGGCUGUACUUGCACGUCCGAGCGGGGCGCAAGGCAGAGCUCAUGAGCGCCCUCGACAGCGGGCUCGACGGGUUCAAGUACACCUUGGAGCCCCAGCUGUCAGUGGAGGAGGCGUUCGAGGAGGCCCGGCGCGAGAUGGUCGAUGCAGGCGGUCACAGCAGUGAGACCCGGGCGCUCUUCAUGGCUGAGGAUCCGCAGUGGCGGGAGCAUCACAAGUUUGUGAUGACGGCGUUCAAGUCCCCGCGUGGCCAUCACGGGUUGUUCGCCCAGGUCGCGCUGCGCUCGCCGGCCGUGCACUCCCUGGUUCCCCAUCGCAUCCAGGAGGUCUUCAAGAUCGUGCAGGACACCGGGCAUUGCGCAUGGUACAAUGCCCCCAAGAGAGUUUGGAUCCUCGGCGGCACGAUGGCCAUGGACGUGCUGAAGUGGAUGGUGCAGGUGGUCUGCCAGCGCGACCUCUCGGACUACGUCGUGCGCUGGGACACCACAGAGUCCCAAGUGGACCUGGACGUCGACGCCGCCUGGGGCUUCAGCAACGAGACCUUCCGCACCAGCGUGGCGAACGCCAUGAAGAGCUUCUUGGGUGUGCACAGCACGGACUGGGAGCUGGACGGCGACAAGACCCGCCGCUACCUGAACUUCCAGGGCCGCCUCUUCGACCGGGGAUCGAUGGACUUCAUCGACAUGCACCCGGACCACUGCAUCACGCGCUCGACCGACUGGGCGCAUGAGUGGCCUGCAUGGUGGGGCUCGGACGCCCAGGAUCGGCUGGAGGCUGCCCUCCGCGAGGUCAGGAAGCAGCACGACGCCUUCAGAGCGUCGAAGCAGAGUGGGCCGUGCGACCUGGAUGAGAAGGCCUGCGAGAUGCUUGAGCUUGCAGCUUCCGCCAUCCGCGAGCUCGCCGUGCUGCACAGGUGGACGGAGAAUGAUUGGGGCGCCACCGUCCUGGAGCUGGAGCUGAUCGCCAAGGGCGUGUUUGCAAUGCCCCAGGCAGCGGGGAUGUGGCUUCGCGGAGUCGGAAGGAACGGGAAGGACACCCUCGCGAACAUCAUGGAGUGCAUCCUCGGCUCCUACUCCUGCUCGAUCGACUUCGACUCCCUGCUGCGCGUGGCGGACCCCAACAAGCCGAGCCCGGUGUGGGCGAUGUGUCGCGCGAGGAGAUUCGUGGCGAUUCGCGAGGUCGACGGCGUGGAGCAGAUCCGGCUUCAGGUGUAUAAGCGGAUGACGGACCCCAACAGUCAGAUGAUGGGGCGUGACCUCUACGAAAAACUUGUGAGGUACAAACCUCAAUUUGUGGCCUUUUUCGCCAGCAACCAUGCGCCGCCGUUGACGUCGGAGUUCUCGGUGAAGGAGCGCUCGUACAUCAUCGAGCACGUCUCCGUCUUCAAGGACGUCCCCACCGAGUCCAACGAGCGCAAGUGGGAGCCGAUCGAAGACACCCUCCAGCGCGACCGCCCCUCGUACUUCGCCAUCCUGUUCCUGAUCUACAAGCACCUCCUGCAUGGUGUGAAGAUGCGCUCGAUCGGCCCCGUCCCGACUUCCUCCCACAACCUCUCCGUGAUGGAGCUGAAGGAUGCCACGAAGGAGCUGGUGAGGAAGUUCAUCAAGGAGAGAUUGAUCAAGGCGCAGGGCACGGCAAAGGCCACAGUCCGGGAUGAGAUCUACGAAGAGCUGUCGGAGGUGCUGAACAACAGCCCGGAGAUCCUGGCGGAUGCGCACCAGAAGCGGCGAAAGCUGAACCCCGCGGACCUCUUGAAGGCUGAAGGGUUCGUUGAGAAGAGAGGCAAGGGCCGUGCGGACAGCAAGGGCAAGCGGCCGAACGUGAACCUGAUCUACUACCGCUUCGCGGACUCGAACGGCGUGAAGGCGCUCGACGACAGCCCGGCGCACCUGCUCCCGGCCAGCGCUGCAAGGACGAGUGUCAUCGCAUCGGCGCUUGGCGCCGUGAGACUGAGAGUGGUUUCGCGCUCGUUUUGUCAGCGGCUCUUUGUUACCUGGGACCGGGGGUCCGUCCGAGAGGUCGCGGUCGUGCCGCGAUUCGAUUCCGAUGGCGAGGCCGCGCAGGAGUACUCGUCUCGUCAUGUUUCGAAGCAGCUACUCCCGAUCAGCCUGAACCUCGUUUUGAUGCUCUCGAUGCGAUGCUCUGGAUGCUCGCUGAUGCUCUGGAUGCUCCCCGAUGCUCUGGAUGCUCGCCGAUGCUCUCGAUGCGAUGCUCUGGAUGCUCGCCGAUGCUCUGGAUGCUCGCCGAUGCUCUGGAUGCUGCCCGAUGCUCUGGAUGCUCCCCGAUGCUCUGGAUGCUCCCCGAUGCUCUCGAUGCGAUGCUCUGGAUGCUCGCCGGUGCUCUGGAUGCUCCCCGAUGCUCUCGAUGCGAUGCUCUGGAUGCUCGCCGAUGCUCUGGAUGCGAUGCUCUGGAUGCUCGCCGAUGCUCUCGAUGCGAUGCUCUGGAUGCGAUGCUCUGGAGGCGGCGCCGGCCCGGCCUGA